UUGGUACUACUAAAAGAAGCCCUUCUCUCUCUUGUUUAGAGAGAUAUACUUUCUCUCUUCUUCCCCUCUUACAGACUUAUAUCAUUCAGAGGUGGAAGAGAAUUAUGGGUCUUUUCUAUGUAAAUAGUAUGUUUCGAUCAAUAUGAUCGAUCUUUUGUUUCGCUUGUCGGAUUAUACAUCCGUAAAGGGAUUUUUGGUAGUGAUUUCAGUCUAGUCCGGCUUGUUCCUCAUAGCUCUUUGUUUUCUCUGGAUUGAUUUGAACAAUAAUAGUUAUGAUUCUUCUAAUCAGAGUCUAUGUUGCCCUCUUUCUCUUUAAUUAUUUUCUCUAUUCCGAUUGUCUGACGAUUCCUUCCUGUUGUUGGUUAUCCUUGAUUCUCUGUUCAGAUUGGAGUCAAUCUUUGCUUCCAUUAAAGAUUAACGCAAAGUAUCCUUGAUGGAUAUUUGAAUUAAUUUUUUCCAAAUAGCUUGGUCGAUUGUGUUCAGGUUCAGUAGAGAUGAAACUUUCCUUGUGAAAGUGUUCCAACAAAAUCUUCACAAGUCUUUAUUGUGCUAUCAUCUCCGAUGAUUUGGUUUGGAACUCCGAUAGACUCAGCGGCUGUUAAAGAAAGAAGACUGCAAAAGAAUUGUUACAGAAGGCUCUUCUCUCCUGCGGUGGUGGAGAAUGACAGAGAUCAGAGGAGUAACCGCAGAAGACCAUGGUGGUGCAGUCUGACAGUGGCCGGAGGUUAAAUUUUCGCAUGAAAGACGUAUGGAGUUGAGCGUACAGAAUUGAAAUCUCUCGGAACAAACACGUGUUAACAUGUAGUGAUCUCCUCUUUUUGGAUUUAUUUAAAUUUUGUCUUAUUGAGCCUCUUCUGUAAAACUGAUAUCUGUUGUAAAAUCUAUUGGGCCAAAGUUUAAGGAUUUAAUAAAAUCCAAAAGUUUUGUCAAAAAAAAAAAAAUUGGUACUACUCCUCUAAAAAAUGCUGAGUCGCAAUCUUGAUUAGAUUGUUACUAAUAAACCUAAUCGAAGAAAUCAAAGAGGGAGGGAGGCCGUAAACGAAAAAUGGAUCUUCCAGAGAUAGCACUGGUCAACGUCUUGUCGCGAUUUCCAUUGAAAAGCAUCGCGAGAUUCAGAACAGUGAGCAAAGAAUGGAGAUCGCUCAUCGACUCCGACUUCUUCAGAGAUCAGUACAUCUCCUUCAACUCUUCUUCCUCCCUCUCCUGGUCUAUCAUCCAAACCAACCCCCACAAACUCUCCCUCGAAAUCAUCGGCCACCAUGGUUGCAACACGUGGGGUCUCGAUCGUUCUCCCGCUUCUUUCUUGCGUUUCUUCGCCAAGACCACAAUCAGAAAACUCUUGGUCUUAUCUUGUACCGAUGGUCUGGUCUCGAUCUGCGCAGAAGCUAGCGAUGGUUCUCCUUUGUAUUACAUCGGAAACCCUUUGAUGGAGGAUUGGUUUCAUCUCCCUCUCCCUCCGUUUCUCUCCUCGCAUGAUCUUGAUAGUUUGCGUAAGAACAAGCGUUUCAGUGACACAGGUUUCGUCACGAAGAUGCGGAGCGGGGUUGUUGUGAGUUACAAAGUUGUCUGGAUGCUGACUCACGGUAGAUUAUCUGAUAAACUCGACUUUAUGAUUUACUCAUCUGAAACAGGGACGUGGAGGAAACGACACGUGUCUUGUCCACGCACCACUGACUGGGAAAGACAAGACAAGUCGAUUGCUUUGAACGGGGUGCUUCACUGGCUUUCAGAGGAUACUCCUAGUUUCGACGCAAGUUCUAUUGUAGCUUACGAUUUCUAUGGAGGUGGUGAUGGUGAUGAGUGUCGUAUCGUACAUUUUCCCGGUGGCAAGAUAGAUGAAGUCACUGGAGAUAAUUUAUCUCAACGAGUUUACAGGAGGAGCUUCACAGCCUCUGAAGGAUCCAUUGUGUAUUUCAACGAGUUCCAUGAGAAUGAAACACAUACGUUACGGGUUUGGAGGCUGGUCAAGUACGAAGAUUGUCCUGAGGCUUGGCAACUCUCUUGGGAUCUCAAGUUGACGUCUUUGACUGAAUCUGGUAUCUGUUAUUUCCCCAUGGUGAUGCAUCCUUUGAACUCCGACAUUAUCUACUUGUGGAACUGGACCGCGAAAGGUUUGGUCUUGUUUAACUUGCGCACACGUGUGUUUAGUGUUCGUAAAGAAGCUGAAGAAGACGGCAAGUGUAUGGAUGGUUGCAGCUUGAGUUUUAACUGGUGCAGCGAGUAUAUGGACAGCAUCCGUAAAUACAAUCUCCCAGGGUAUCAACGUGGUCCUAACAGUCUCUUCUUUUCUCAGUAUGUUCUCCCUCGUUGGCUGCACCGUCUCCCUCGUCCUCAGUCUACUUAGUGUGUACUCUGUUUUGAGUUGAAGUCGAACCAUCCCUGAAGUGAAAUAUAAUGGUAGAAGGCAUUGAAUUCCAAGUAGGUAUCAGAACCAUUCUAAGCAUUGCGAAACCAACCCAUCAUGCACCAGCGUUGCGGUUUCAACUACAAAUCAAACAUUUUCAAAAAAUAUAUAUUGCAGAUUCGCCUGGUACUUUAUUAUGUCUCUGAACAAUGCUAUCAGUUGCAAAGCAGUCACAUUGAUUACAUUUAUUUAAGUAUCAUUAAACUAUUCUACCAAGGACAAGCAAGCAUAAGUAAUGUUUGAAGGGAGUCAUUGCUUAUUCGCCUUUUUGUUUUGGAAGAAUUCAUUUUGUUGUUUUUAUCCAUGAAUUAUGUAAUCGUUGAUUGUCAACAUAUCCAAUUGAACCAUUUAAACUCUUUAUACAUAUAUUUUCUUCUUA